AUGUCUGAAACUCAAGCCAAUGGAAGGACAAUCUUCCUCACUGGAGCCACAGGUUUCCUAGGCAAAGUGGUCUUGGAAGAGUUGAUCCGUCGACGGUAUGAAUUGCAGAUUGAAAAGGUUAUAGUUCUGAUCCGUCCUUCUAAGACAUCGCCUCAUGAGGCUAUCGCCGAGGAGUCUCACCUUUCAUCUCGCUUUCAUGACGAGGUUGUUACAUCCAAGUGUUUUGCGCAGCUAUCUCCUGGAUGGACUCGAUAUGUUGAACCGGUAUACGGAGACUUAGGCCAGGCCCAUUGCGGAUUGGACACCACUGCCUAUGAGAAGAUCAGCAGAGAGACGACUCAUAUCAUACAUUGUGCUGCUUGCGUACAAUUCGAUCUCCCACUCAGCAGUUCUCUGGAUAUUAACUUACAAGGAACGCUAAACAUCCUCCAACUUGCUCGGACAUGCUCUAGCCUUGAGCGUUUCGUAUACACCUCUACUGCGUACGUGACACCUCAUGGAAUGCAUGACCAAAUCCGUGAGGAGCUGGCACCAUUGGGUCCCUGGCAAGACGCACAAGAGUUACUCGAUGCCUUACACUCUGGAUCUGUGACUGAGGGGGAAUUAUUGCAACAGACCUGCCACCCCAACACAUACACUCUCUCGAAAUGCAUCACAGAGCAUUUUGUCUUGCAUAAUCGUGGUGAAAUCCCCAUAACUAUUGUUCGCCCGAGCAUCAUCACUGCAGCCCUAGAGCGUCCGUGUCCUGGUUGGUCUGAUAGCGCUUCGGCAGUUGUUGGAGUUGUGCUGGGAGUGCAGGAUGGCGGAGUAUGUGCUCUUGGAGGCGAUCCGACGGCGUUUAUGGAUUUGGUCCCUGUUGACUAUGUCGCCGACUUCAUUAUCGACGAAGUAUUUGCCGUACAAGCUUCGUCGGCAGCAGUGCCAAUCGUUCAUUGUGUGUCAGGUCUGAGAAGUAUCACGCCAAAGAUCCUUUCUUCAGUUGGCGCCGCGUAUUUCCAGCAAUCUGAAAUGCGAUGGCUCAACUACCGGAGCUCUCCGACGACUCACCUCUAUCGAUAUGUAUGGCAGAUGAUGCCACUUAAAUUGGCCAGGACAUUCUGCUGGGUGGGAGGCGAUCAUCGUGCCGUGAGGCAGCUGGCGCGGGCCACCCAGAACAUCGACAAACUUGAUCACACAUUUGGGUACUUUCUCUCAAACUCAUUCAACUUUGCCGCAAGUCGUCCGACUUUGGCCCAGAGAGCCCCGUACUUUAAGCCUGCCGCUUACAUGCAGAUGAUCUUUCGGGGAGCGCAACAAUUCAUGAUGCGACGUACUCGCGAGCGGAAUAUGGUAUCCACCGAGAAAUUAAUCGCUGGGGAAGACGUUAAUAAUGGUGGUGAAAAUGCUCUCAAGCUGUUUCUCACUUCUCGAGCCAGUGUGAUUUUCCGCUUCACAGCAGUCGUUGUCGGGGCGGCUUUGAACCGAAUGUUUCAGCGAGUUACCUUUGACCAGCGAUCCUUCUUCGAUGCUCUUGAGGGCUAUAACUCGGGAUUGUCCGACGAAAAGAUCAUAAUCAUGCCCACCCAUCGAAGCUACAUGGACUUCGUCAUUUGUCCUUAUCUCUUCUAUCAGUUCCCUGUUCUAGGUGUCAAAAUUCCAUGCAUCGCCGCCCAAGAGCAAUUUUCGCGGGUACCUGUUCUAGGAUGGCUGUUGAGACGGCUCGGCGCUUUCUUUGUUCGGCGCGGCAUCGGCCGAGCAGAUCCGGAGCUCAAUGAACAAGUUCGACAGCUGGUUGAACAAGACGAGCACAUACUCUUCUUUCCCGAAGGCCAACGAAGCCGUUCCAGAGAGUUUCUAUCCCCGCGACGAGGUCUUUUGCGAUCAUUGCAGGGUACGGGCAAAUCAUUCAAGAUUCUACCAGUCUCAAUCAGCUAUGAACGAGUACCGGAGGAGGGAGCUUUCAUUAGAGAGACCCAGGAACAAGAGAGACCUCGCAUGAGCCUUUUCGCCCUCAUCAGGUGGACAUACAGCAUGAUUCUCGGCCGUGUGAGACUUGGAAGAGUACACGUCAAGUGUGGGAGGAUGCUAGAACUCAACCCUGAAACUGAUGUGCAUGCCAUCUCAGACCAGGUUCUGAACGAACUUCAAGAAAACACCGUCGUAACAACAUAUCACCUUGAAUCUUUUGUCAACUACCAUCGUCGAGAUUGUCGUUGCUCUCCUCCAUGCGCUAUCAGCGGGGCAAAGCGGCAUUCAGAUGCGGUAAACUGGCUACGAAAACAGCUCGAAGAACGAGGGGCAACUGUUCUCGACGGCGCGCUUUCUGUGGAUGUGAAUCAACACUCAUCGCCGGCGCUUGAAACCAGCCUUAUGAAUCAAUGGAUGCACUUCUUCGAUCGUGACUCAGUCGCGAUGCCUCCGAGUUCUGCCGUUGCAGCGGUUGAUUACAAAGUCUUUGAGGUGUCCAAGUGUCAGUCGGUCAUUGCAUAA